AUGGAGUCCAUCAGAUAUGAGCAGCUGUCGCUGACGGAAGACGAGAUCCGCGCGUACAGCCGGUGGUACACAGAUUUGCUGCUGCGCAAGGGCAAAGAGAGCAUUGUUGUCGGCGAUGUGCUGACGUUUGUGGACAAUUUCGGCGUCAAGGACGAGGACAAGCAAAAGAUUCUCAAUGCAUGUGGCCAGCACCUGGUCAAUCUGGACCCUGGCCAGUUCUACGGCUUUCUACGACUGGUGAGCCAUGCGCUCAAUGGCAGCAAUGUGUCUGCGGCCAUGAUCUACCAGCCAGCUCCUCUGUUGCGGCCCAAAUCGAUUCUCAGCCGCAAGCGCAAAAACUCGGAGCCCGAGCUCGCCGUCACCCCCACAGGCACCCCGCUGGACAUCAACUCCUUCACCAGUCUACUGUUGACCGGAGAUAGACGCAAAAAGAGCAAGAAGAAGGUGCAGUUCACUAGCGAGCCUCCGCAGGUGACUGCUGCGGCCGGCCGGACGCUGGAGGAGCUCAUGCGACAGCGCCAGAGCGGUUCGGCCCCUGUCUAUUCGCAGAGCAUGUCGGAUUUGUUGGAUGAUGAUACGGCCCAAGAGGAUGAACCCAAGCCUCUGGAACGCCAGCAGACGGGGCCUCCACCUCGAACGUCAUUCAUGGCAUAUAUGCACCAGACUGAGCAGGAUCUUCAAGCUGAAGUUCAACCUCAGUCUCAGCAACAGCAGUCGCAGCCUCCACCUCCUCCUCAGCAGCAUCAGCAGCCACCACCUCCGGUGACUGUGACUGCUCCGAUCCAACAAGCCCCUCCUCCGAACCCUUCGACUGGUGAGGACGACGAAAACGAGGUCAUUGAGGCUCUGGAGGACAGUGGGUUCAAGAACGUCAAGGUGGACAGUGUGCUGCACCACGGCAAACCCCAGGUGGGACCUCCUCCCAUCACCUUUGGAAGCACUUACGGAGAAACGCCCGGCGAUGCUUUCAGAAACAUUCUGCAGAGCCAGGCGACCGGAUCUCCUGCUCCUGGAGGAUCUCCUGCUCCAGGAGACGCAUUCAGAGAUGCUCUGGUGUCUCAGGCCACGGGCAACAACAACAGCAACAACAGCAACAACAGCAACAAUACUAAUAACAAUCUGCAGCCCUCUAACACAGGCUCGUCGUUUAAGCCUACCUUGGGCCGACAGGCUACAGGAGCUCCUUCCACGUCGUUUGCAGGAUACAUGUCGUACGGCGACGGAUCAGCCAACUCGUCGUAUUCGCCUUCGCCGGCAUCCACUCCGCAGCCUCAGACUCAAUCCCAGCCAUCUGCAGCCGCUACAAACUACUCUGGUCUGUCUGGCGUGUUUUCCACCCCGCACACCCAACAAGCAUAUGGCCAGCAACAGCAGCAGCAGCAGCAACAAUACCAACCACAUCAGUACCAUCAACAGCAACAGCAACAGCAGCAACAGCAGUCACAACACCAGCAGCAUAAUAUGAACUCGGUCUACAAUCUCAUGGUGCCCGGAGUGUCGCGUUCACAGAGCGUGUCUCCCACACCCACCUCAUUUGGAAACGGCGGUGGAUACAAUGCUGUAGGAGGCCGACGGGUGCCUCCGCCUCCUCCGCCGCCCCGAAACAAGUCUGCAUCUCCCCAGCCACCGCCCGUGUCAUUUCAGCGAGAGGCUCCCGUUCCGCCUCCGCCAAGACGAGGGUCUACGGCGUUGCAUUCUGCGCCCCCGCAGACUUCCUUCAACGGCAACGGGUAUUCGAGCCAGACGAGCCCCGAUCUUCUGGCUGACCUGCGGGCGCUUCAGGACGAGGUGGACAAGCUGAGUGGCGCCAACCGGUGA